UGUGGUGUAAAAUGGGAUCAAACUUCACAAAACCAUGUUUUUUUUAAAAUAUAUUUGUGGACUUGAGUUGAGAAUGAUAUGAUAUUGAUGAUAUUGAUGAUAUCGACACUCAUAUGAGCCCUUGUAUGAAGUUUAUUUUUACGAUAAUAACACUACAAGUGUUGCUGCAGACACACACUGGCUGUAGCAUCAUCACACACACACUCACACACACACCGAGCAUCACUUGAGCUCCUCGUGUCUGUGCACCGGCUCAGCCAAUCAGCGCGCAGCGGCUCGGGGCCGUGUGUCUUUAAGAGUGUAAGGUGGGUGAGUCCUGCUGCUCCUGACGCGCGCGCUGGUAUGCAAACAUAAAUUUAGCAGCAACGUGUUUGCGGGGGAACAAAAUAUCUGGAAGCGGCCGUGAAGUGUCAUGUCGUCUCCGGCGGUUCUUGGCUGACUUUAACCUUUUUCUCCCCCCCACCUCCUCCUCCUCCUCCUCCUCCUCCUCCUCCCCUCCUCCUCCUCUUCCUCCCCUCCACCCGUGUGAAGUGGAGCCGGAGAGCAGAGCCGAGCAGCGGAGAGGAGAGUGACUGGACGGACCGGGACCGACGGACCGGGAGCGCAGGGCACACAGCUGUCUGUCCACACUUUGAGAGUUUCCCAGCGCCGGAGAUGACAGGAGGCUGCCGGUGGUGGACCGGGCUGCUGCUCGCCGCCGUCUGUGUGGAGGUGGCUGUACGGGCAAACGAUGGGGACGCCGUGUUCAUCAGGGAAUUCACUCUGAUUCGACGCGACCACCUUCCAGAGGAGCCUCUCCAUGAUGUCAGCCAAAAACCAGAAGACCCUAGCUCACGGACGGCCCGAUCGGAAGAGGACAGAGACACUCUGUGGGACGCCUGGGGCUCCUGGAGUGAAUGCUCCCGGACGUGUGGAGGAGGCGCGUCGUACUCCCUCAGACGAUGCCUCAGCUCCAAGACCUGCGAGGGGCAGAAUAUCAAAUAUCGCACAUGCAGUAAUGUGGAUUGCCCUCCAGAUGCCGGGGAUUUUCGUGCCCAGCAGUGUUCAGCUCAUGCAGACGUGCGCUACCAGGGUCAGUACCACGAGUGGCUGCCUGUGUACAACGACCCGGACAACCCCUGCGCUCUCAAGUGCAAAGCCAAGGGCUCGGGCCUCGUGGUGGAGCUGGCCCCCAAGGUGCUGGAUGGGACUCGCUGUUACACCGAGUCCUUGGACAUGUGCAUCAGUGGAGUCUGCCAGAUUGUGGGUUGCGAUCAUGAGCUGGGGAGCACAGCAAAGGAGGACAACUGUGGUGUCUGCAGUGGAGAUGGCUCCUCCUGCAGACUGGUGCGGGGACACUACAAAUCCCAGCAUGCUUCAGGAAAAACCGAGGACACGGUUGUCGUCAUCCCCUACAAGAGUCGCCAUGUGCGUCUGGUCCUGAAAGGCCCGGAUCACUUGUACGUGGAGAGUAAGACUCUACAAGGGAUAAAAGGUGAGCUGGACUUGGAUAGAUCAGGGCAGCACCACCUGGAGAACACCACCUUGGACUUCCAGAAACUUUCAGAUAAGGAGGUCCUGAGAAUCACUGGUCCACUUGGAGCUGACUUCACAGUCAAAGUGCAGUUAGCCGGUGGAGCGGACAGUGUGGUCCAGUACAUCUACUACCAGCCCAUCAUCCACCGCUGGAGGGAGACCGACUUCUUCCCUUGCUCCGUCACAUGUGGUGGAGGGUACCAGCUAACCUCCGCGGAGUGCUUUGACCUCCGGAGCAGCCGUGUGGUCGUGGAUCAGUAUUGCCAUUAUUACCCAGAGAACAUCAAACCUAAACCAAAACUCCAGGAGUGCAACAUGGAGCCCUGUCUGGCCAGUGACGGCUACAAGCAAAUCAUGCCGUACGACCUCUACCACCCCCUGCCUCGAUGGGAGAGCAGUCCCUGGACCGCCUGCUCCACCUCCUGCGGCGGAGGCAUCCAGAGUCGCUCAGUAUCCUGUGUGGAGGAGGACAUGCAGGGCGUCAUCACUCCCACCGAGGAGUGGAAGUGUCUCUACUCCCCCAAGACGGCCAUCCUGCAGCCCUGCAACACCUUCGACUGCCCCGUCUGGCUGGCACAGGAGUGGUCGCCCUGCACUGUGACCUGUGGGCAGGGCCUGCGCUACAGGGUGGUGUUGUGCAUCGAUCACAGAGGACUCCACGCUGGAGGCUGCAACCCCACCACCAAACCCCACAUCAAGGAGGAGUGCCUGGUGACUGUGCCCUGCUACAAGUCCAUAGAUACGCUCCCAGUUGAGGCAAAACCUGUGUGGCAUAAGCAGGCCAUAGAGCUGGAGGAGGAGAUCAUCGUCACUGAGGAACCAACCUUCAUCCCGGGUCGCUGGCAGACCUGCAGCAGGACAUGUGGCGCCGGGAUCCAGCAACGAACCGUCAAGUGCCAGGUGUUGCUGUCCUUCUCCCAGACUGUCGCUGACCUGCCCGAUGACGAGUGCGAGGGGGUCAAACCCGCAACAAGUCAGCCCUGCUACCGCACUCCCUGCUCUGGUGUUUCAGGCAAAGAGAAGGAAAGUGAGAAGGAGGAGGAGGAGGAGGAGGAGGAGGAGACGACACCCGAGAGAGAGGAACUGCACGACUGGGAGUAUGAGGGCUUCACAGAGUGUUCAGAGAGCUGUGGUGGAGGUGUGCAGGAGGCCGUAGUCAUCUGCCUCAACAAGCAGACCAGGGAGGCAGCGGACCAGAGCCUGUGUGUGAGCUCCCGACGGCCCCCGCAACUCCUCCAGGACUGCAAAACUCAGCCCUGCCCACCAAGGUGGGAGGCUGGAGAGUGGAGUUCAUGCUCUGCUACCUGUGGGGUUGGUCUGAUGACCCGGACUGUGGCGUGUACCCACCGACCCUCUCGGGACAGCAACCACACUGAGGUUUUGAGGGAUGAAGACUGUCAGAACCCCAAACCCAGUCCUGUCCAAGCCUGCAACCGCUUUGACUGCCCUCCUAUGUGGGACACACAUGACUGGGGGCAGUGCUCCCAGAGCUGUGGUGGAGGAUUUCAAAGGAGGCAGGUCUUGUGCAAACAGCGGCUGGCGGAUGGCAGCAUCCUGGAGCUGCCUGACACCUUUUGCUCUUCCAAGAGUCCUUCCAACCAGCAGCCCUGUGCCAAGAAAGAGUGCCCACCUCAGUGGGCCACAACGGAGUGGUCACAGUGUUCAGUUACCUGUGGAAGUGGCAUUCAGAGACUACAGGCGGUCUGCAGAAAACAAGGGGAAGAUGGGACACACUGGAACGUAGACCCUGAGAACUGUUCCCUGAUGGAACGGCCCACCAGGAUCCGGCCAUGCUCCCUCCGGAUCUGUGAGAAGUCUGUCAAGGCGGAUCCUACCAUACUGGCCCAGAGGAAGGUGUAUAUCCAGUGGAGGAAGGGCAAGAAGUUACACUUGGUGGUGGGAGGUUACGCCUACCUUCUCCCCUGGACAACUGUGGUCCUUCGCUGCCCAACCCGCCACUUCCGCAAGGGCCACAUCCGAUGGUUGAAGGACGGAAAGCCCUUGGUCAGCCUUCCACACCUCUCCAUAACGUCACUCGGAUAUGUGAAGAUGCAGCAGGUUCGUGCGUCAGAUGCAGGGAUAUACACAUGCGUCGCAGGUCUGGCACAAGAACAUUUUGUCCUGCAAAUUAUUGGGAGCAAGCAGAAGCUCUCGGUCCCAGAGUCAUGGCGUCAUGGUGCAGACGGACAACAAAAGGUUCGGCAGUCUGAUCUGGCCUCAUCAGGAGAAAGAUUCCAGGAGCUUCCCAUCUCCCUCAACCAAUACGACAACAUAGUUGAGCAUUUGCUUGAACUCAAAGGUUCGCUCCAAGAUGGAAAAGACAUUUCUGAUAAGCAACACUCCAGUGAAAAGAACAGAUCAACCCUUGAAGAUGACAGCUCAGAGCUUUCAAGCCUGCUCGUUCUCACCGCCGAUGCCCACAGGCUGGAUGAGAUCACGCACAACCUCUCUGAAGGCCUCGGAGGACCAUGGGGGGAACAGCUCAUCGCUCAGCUGCUCAGCGAGCUCACCACGACUCAAGGUGAAACCAAUGAGUCGACUCUUCAUCCCCCGGGAAGUGCAGAGUCCUCCACGCAGGUUCCUCUCCUUUACAAACCGAACAUCAAGGCUCACACAUCCAGGCCAAGAAACCCGGUGAUCAUCCAGCGGUCCAGGAAGGUCGGAGCAGUGCCGUCAGCUGACAUGAUAGUUUAUGUGGGAGUCCCGGUCCUGGUGCAGAAACCCACUUCUAGUCUGGAGCUGAGGUGUGAAGCACUGGGGAACCCUGAACCGUCCCGAACAUGGACGAAGAAUGGAAAAGAGUUGCACUACAACAGCAGAGUAGGCCUGUUGCCCACCGGCUCACUGAGGAUCCAGUCUCCAAGCAGAGUAGAUGAGGGUCUGUACACCUGCACUGCAAGGAACCGUCAUGGUUCUGCAGCUCUUUCGUCCUGGCUGCAGAUUUCAGGUGGCAAAGGAAGAAGCUGUGUCCAAGGUAACGGUAUGGGAACAAAUGGACCAGUUUGUAACAGCAGUCAGUCAGCUGAGCCGUGCCACGGACAAGCCUGCCCCCUCAGGUGGCGAGUGGAUCCUUGGUCAUCGUGCUCAGCCAGUUGUGGGGGUGGAUCCCAGUCCAGGAGUGUCCGCUGCAUGAAGGGUCCUGAGGGCAGAUGGAGAGAGGUGGGGAGCCAGCACUGCCUCGGCACAGGGAGGAGACCCUCGCAGACCAGGCAGUGCAACCAGCUGCCCUGUGCCAGGUGGGCUGUCAGCCACUGGGGACCGUGCCACGGUCAGUGUGUGGGUCCCAGUGUGGCCACGCAGCACCGCCAUGUUUACUGCCAGGACACAAAUGCCACCAAAGUCUCUCAUAAGAUGUGCAGUGGACUCCAGAGGCCCAGCUCCGUGAAGAACUGCUCCACAGAGGCCUGCGCCCUUCACUGGCAUGUAGGGCCGUGGACGCAGUGCACCGCCACCUGCGGACGCCACGGUUUCCAGUCGCGCCACGUGACCUGCGCGCACCGUCGAACCGGAAAGGCCGCACGGGAGCAUCACUGCAUGUGGAGGCCUCGCCCUCCCAGCUGGCAGCGAUGCAACAUCUUGUCCUGUGGCAGAGCAGGAGAGUGUCAGGACAGCACGAGGUACUGUGAGAAGGUUCGACAGCUGGAGCUCUGUCCGCUGCCCCAGUUCAAGAGCCGCUGCUGUCACUCCUGCAGAAACACCUGAGGCCGGGACGCGAGUCGAGGGCCAUCAACAAGCUGGACAGGUCAGGGAAGAUCCUCCGACAGCCAGCAGAGACUUGAAAGCUCUACGCCCCAUCCUUACACUCACACCUGUCUCCAGUGGUCAGUCUUGGAUGGGGGUACCUGAGUGUGGAGGAACGUUUGUGGCUGUGAUCAACUUAAAGAUAUCACGUGUGGGUUUGGGUUUGAAAGUUUUGAGAGGAGUUUCAUGUCUGUAAAUGAAGGCUUCAGUUUUACUUCUUUUUUUUUCUAAAUCUGGAGUUCACUUCGACAACUCUCCUAAAUUAUGCAAAAAGCAGGAUACGAGUAAGACUUGUUACUGUUGUGAGCAAUAGAAACUUGUGGUGACCGACUGGUUUCAUGAGGGGGAACUCGUACAGAAAUGUGGCACUGUGUCCACAUAGAUUGUUUCUGGUGUGGUUUCAGGGGUUUCCUUAGAAUAGUAAUGGAACAACAGUGCUGCAACACCAUUUUCUAUUUCAGCACCAUGAUGCCAUGUCCAAAACAGGAUGCGUAUUAUCAUGCAGCUUAUUUUACAAUACACAAUAAUGUAAUUAAUGCGCUUGUUUUUAAAUGAUUGACUUCGUACCCAGGGAUUCUGGGUAGACCCCCGGCCUUUAAUAACCACUGGAAAGUUGUGUGUUUGCAUUUAUUGCAAUGGUCUCCAAAACAAUGCUGUUAAAUAGUGUUGAUGCUAAAUAAGCUUUUAUUAAUGAGGUAUGAAUAAACUGAAAUACAGCGUCAUGCUGUUCAUAAAUGGGUAACAUGACAAAAGGCCUAAUAUUUUGAUAAAUGAUAUUCGGUAUCAGCCACCAGGGAAAUAAAUCAUAAUCUGUGCUGUCAUUUAGCACAUGUUGACCGCAGCGAUCGGUCAAGUCACUUCAAGAGAAGAUGAAUUAGGAUCACAGGCGUUUAAAGGGGCACUACGUAGUUUUUGGAGAGGGAAGUCAAACUAUUUAAUAUUUACACUAUUAAUGAGAUUAUUGAUGAACUGAAUGAACAAGCUGUUCUCAGAGGAAAGUCCCCAGAAGUGUUUGAAGCUAGAAAGGUGGCAGAAUGAAACAGCAUGAUGUGUGUCAACAGGGUUUGAUUUAGUCGUAAAAUGAAGAUCUUUGUUUGUCUUCCUCAAAACUACGUCUUGCUCCUUUAAAGUGGAUUUUCUGGCUGAAGAUGAAGAUUAAUCUUGCAUGGGUUGCACUAUGUAGGUGUAUGACUGAAGCAAGUCAAUUAUUGAAAUGAGACACUUAUUUUGCACUCAACUCAUCCAAGUCUGUGUUGAGAACAUGGCUUGUAGAGUUUUUUUGUAAAGUUACAUUGUUUUAUGUUUUGUUAUCUUGGUAUUUCUUGUUGAAAUGUCCCUUUAACCACUUUGUGACGCGACAGCACGUUUAAACGUGAGGUGAGCACGAUAGUUCCUCGCUGAGCUGAUGAAGCUCAGUUUAUCCUGUCCGCCAAAAAAUGUUUUUCUUUUAAUGUGACAUUUUCAGAUAACAACAGACUUUCAUUUGACAGUUCUUCUCUUCUUUGCAGUGUUCAGCCCGGUUCAGGUCGCUGGAGUUCUUCCCAAAUUAUAGGAAAAUGUGUUCUGUACUGACGUUCAGUCCAGAUUAUCUGGUACUUAUAAGGGAUUCACAGAUAUAAUUAGUAUUAAACCUCCUGUAGUGUGAGCCGGGCUUCAGCUGAACUUAAAAUAUCUAAAUAUGACCUCUGUGUUAUAUUUACAAAUUGGUUUCAAUCAUCUUAACUGUACGAUAUUCACAUUUCUGUGCAAGAUAGACGGUGUUUGGACUUUUUGACAGGUUUCACAAUUCUUCAUCACCAAGUGCAACACACAGUAAACGGACCUGAAGCAGGAGACUACUUGGCUUUACAUUAAGUUGUGAUGAUUUGAUUUCAGGAGAGGAAAAAAAAUUAACAUAUUACUUACGCUCUUAAGUUAUGUAGAUAUUUGUUUUGUCCUUAUAAUUAUUUAUUUUCGUGUGUGUUCUUGUGCAUAGUUCUGUAAAUAAAUACAGUGGCGGGUUUUAAGUAUUCAUUUCCCUACAGGUUUCUCUGGUUAUUUGAUGUGCAUGCAAUGGGGACCCUCUGCUGGUGACUUGAUGUGUUGCUCUCUGCUCGUUCCUGGUUAAUCAUUAAAUAAAAUCAAAUACAUUCCUUUUA